UUUGUUCGAUUCUCGUAUUUCAUGUACGUGACAUGUUGUCGUUUCGCCUUAUUUUUGACAUUUAUGCCUUGUUUUAGAUGGUUUUUCAGAUAGUUUGCGAGUGGCUGUAGAUGUUUUUGAGGUGGUUGUAGGUGGUUGUUGAAAUUUUUGAGGUAGUUGUAGAUGGUUGCAGGUGGUUGUUGGUGGUUGUAGGUGGUUUUAGGUGGUUUCAGGUGGUUUCAGGUGGUUUUAGGUCGUUCCAUGUUUUAGUACUUACCCUUUUUAAGGAGCCUAAGGAAAAAUUUCUCAAGAAAAUUGGGCGAAGUAUAACAGCAAGGCAUUCAUCGGGGCAUUCACUACUUAGGUCGUUUUCUUGAUCUAGUCUUUACUUGUGUUAGUAUGUGUUGACACGGGAGUGGAACUGUCAACCUUGAACGUGCAAGUAGUCAUGGCUGUACAUCUGUGGCUUCGAGCAGAGAAGAAACCGAACGAGAGGCGAACUCACCUAACUCCAGAGAAAUGCAAAGAGCUGGUGAAGGCAGGUUUUAAAUUGACUGUGGAACUCUCAGAGCAGCGCAUAUUCAAGGAUGAGGAAUAUGCAAGUAUUUCUGGUGUGGAGAUGGCCUCAACUGGUUCUUGGCCAAGUGCUCCUAAAGAGGCCUUUAUUGUCGGGUUGAAAGAACUCCCUGAGAGUAAGGACCCUGUCAUUCAUAGGCACAUCUUUUAUGCCCAUGCUUAUAAGAACCAAACAGGGUGGGCAGAACUACUUCACAGAUUUGUGAAAGGAGGAGGUAGCAUCUUUGACAUUGAAUUUAUGACGGAUGACAAUGGUAAAUGUGUAGUUCCUGUCUUCUCAACCAUGGCUGGUCUAUGUGGAAUGGCUGUUGGUGUCAUAGCAUGGUGUCAUCAGCAAUUGAAUCCAGAUGUUGCUCUUCCAUCUAUUUCUGCAUAUGAUGAUGAAGACCAAAUGUUGGCAUUUGUGAAAUCCAAAUUAAAAGAAAUUGCCAAAAAGAAAGGUAUAGCUGAUCUGGCAUGGUGUCAUUAUCAUAUGAAAUGGAAGUCGUCUCAGCCAUUAGAUGUUGUAGCUAUCGAUCAUUUCCCUUCCCUUCUACCGAGAGAGAGCAGCACAAGAUUUGCAAAUGAUUCAACGCCGUAUUUGCUGAAGUUAGAUCAGUAUCCUUAUUCGGUCUUUGCCUUACUCUAUCAAAUCAUAAUGGUUGUUCACCUGUGGUUGCGAUCGGAACCGAAGGCAAAUGAACGCCGGUCGGCGCUCUCACCUGAGAAAUGUAAAGAUCUUUUGUCAGCAGGAUUUAAGGUUACUGUUGAAUGUUCCAGAGACAGGGUUUUUAAAGAUGAAGAGUAUGCAAGGAUCAGUGGAGUGGAUAUGGUUCCUGAAGGAUCUUGGGUAGAUGCCCCAAAAGAGGCUUUUAUCUUGGGAAUUAAGGAACUAGCAAAAUCCUUGACUCCAAUACCUCACACACAUAUUUACUUUGCUCAUGCAUACAAUAACCAGAAUGGUUGGGCUGAAGUUCUUAAUCGCUUCAUCAAGGGCGGAGGGAGGAUACUUGAUGUGGAGUACAUGACAGAUGAAUAUGACAGACGAGUAGCAGCGGCUUUUCCUCCUUUGGCUGGUUUUGCAGGAAUGGCUGUUGGUAUUAGUGCUUGGUGUCAUCAACAAACAAGCCCUCAGAUCACCAUGCCAGCUAUGAAGCCUUACAGCCAUGAGUCACUCUUAAUAGAAGAUCUUAAGAUGCAGCUCCAAGGUGCUGCCAAGACCAAAGGACUCCAUGAAUGCUACCCUCGUGUGAUAAUCAUUGGUGCAUUAGGGCGUUGUGGCAAAGGAGCCAUAGAUUUGGCACAGAAAGCAGGCAUACCAAGCUCAUGUAUUGCUAAAUGGGAUAUGAAAGAGACCCAGCCAGGUGGACCUUUUGAGGAAAUCCUACAGUAUGACAUAUUUGUCAACUGUAUCAACUUGAUGAAGAAAAUUCCACCAUUUAUGACAAGGAAGGUGUUGGACACCGACCAGAGGAAACUGUCUGUGGUGGUUGAUGUGAGCUGUGAUGUUACCAAUCCAAACAAUCCUUUACCAUUCUGUGAUUCUGUGACCUCACUACAUCAGCCCUGUCGGACUCUGCAGUUAAGUAACUCCACAAAGCCUUUGGAUAUUGUGGCCAUAGAUAACCUUCCUUCAUUGCUUCCAAGAGAAAGCAGUAUUCAGUUUGCUGAUAGUAUUAUGCCCUAUCUACUCAAGCUUCCAGAGGUGAAAACUCAUCCAGUGUGGGUUCGUGCUGGGAGAAAGUUUGAUGAAAAAGCUGCAGAAGUCUUAAAUCACCAAGUCAAAUGUUAACUUGUCCUCAAAUAUUAGAUUAUUGGUAGUUUCUGACAAGUGACAAAGAAAUCAAUCACAUGGUUGAUACCAAUGUUUAAGGUUACUUUAAUUUUUUUUUUU